UGAAGUCCUUUUGGUCCUCUUUAGUGUUUGCAAAAAUUAUCAUCUUUCUUUUCUCAUUUGUACUGCUCGCUUCGGCUGAUCAUGAAGAAUUUCUUCAAUGCCUGAGCGUUCGUAUACCAAAGUCCGUUGUCUACACUCCAAAUAACCCGUCGUAUUCGACUAUAUUAAAUUCAAAGAAUCAAAAUCCUCGUUUUUCUUCUUCUUCGACCAAAAAUCCAUCCGCUAUCGUCAUACCAUUAAAUGUCUCCCAUAUACAAGCCACUAUUUAUUGCUCUAAGAAGCAUGACGUGCAAAUAAGAAUCCGAAGUGGUGGCCAUGAUUAUGAAGGCCUUUCUUUUCAGUCCAGUGUCCCAUUUUUCAUACUCGACUUCCGAAACCUAACUUCCGUUCGCGUUGAUGCAGAGAGUAAGACUGCAUGGGUUGAGGCAGGUGCGACGCUCGGUGAGCUUUACUACGGGAUUGCCCAGAAAAGCAAAACUCUCGGCUUCCCUGGCGGUCUUUGCAGCACCGUUUGUGCCGGUGGACAAUUAGGUGGAGGAGGCUAUGGCUAUCAAUCACGAACAUACGGCCUCGCGUCUGAUAAUAUUAUUGACGCACAAUUGAUUGACAGUCGAGGAAGAAUUCUCAAUCGGAAAUCUAUGGGGGAAGAUUUGUUUUGGGCCAUACGCGGCGGUGGAGCCGGAAGCUUCGGAAUUGUAAUUGCCUGGAAAGUUCAACUGGUUGAUGUGCCUUCCACAGUGACUAUCUUUGCAAUCGUAAGGAAGUGGGAAAACAAUGCAACAAAGAAGUUUGUUCAUCGAUAUCAACGCCGUGUUUCCAAGAUCGAUAAGGAUCUAAGUCUCUUCCUCGGAUUUCAAACUUCGAAUACAAGCGAUGAACAAGGGAAUACAAAGAUUGAAAUAAUAGCUAUCAUCUCAGCCACAUUCCACGGCAGCAAGGAUAGGCUCCUUCCAUUGAUGCAAAAAGAGUUUUCCGAAUUGGGUUUGCUCGAAGAAGAUUGCACAGAAAUGUCGUGGGUCCGAUCCAUUGUUACUUACAAUAAUUUUAGAGCCGAUGACCCCUUGGAAGUUCUACUUAAUAGAACGGUCAAUUUCGACGCGAAGGCUUUUAAAUUGAGAUCUGAUUAUGUGAGAAAGCCUGUUCCAGAUGGCGUGUUGAAAAAAUUGUUGGAUCGAUUGUAUGAAGAAGAAGUUGGACAAAGUUAUGUCGAAUUUUUCCCCUAUGGAGGAAAACUGAGCAAGAUUUCAGAAUCUGAAAUCCCAUUCCCACACCGAGCUGGAAACCUCUACAACCUUCGGUACAUGGCGUCAUGGAAAGAAGGCGAAAAUACUACAAGCACCAACAAACAUCUUAGCUGGGUAAGAAGUGUUUACGAUUUCAUGACUCCGUAUGUGUCUAAAAAUCCAAGAGGUGCAUAUCUCAACUUUAGAGAUCUUGACAUCGGGGUUAAUCCUAAUGAGAGUGACACAAGUGCUUAUAACUAUAUUAAACAAGCAAGCGUUUGGGGUACUAAGUAUUUUAAAAAUAAUUUCUACAGAUUGGUUUACGUAAAGACUUUAGUUGAUCCAACUAAUUUCUUUACCUACGAACAAAGUAUCCCACCUAUUAUUCCACAUUAAAAAAGGUUAUUGGAAAUGCUUGUUAUCUUGUAUUAAAAUUGUUGUCUUUAGCUUUCUUACUUUGUCCCUUUUUGAAUAAAGGUCGUUUCGUGACCAUAUAGGUAUGAAGUUCCCGAAUGUAAAUAAAGCUCCCUUUUUUGUUUA